AUGAACGUAGGUGGUAAAGAGGGCCUUUCUAUCCAGGAUAGAACGAGAAAUGUAGCUGAAUUGUUAAAAGUAUUAAUGGAUAUUAAUGAGAUUAAUGGUGGAACAAAUGCUACAGCAGAAAAAAUGAAAGUUCAUGCAAAAAAUUUUGAAAGUGCUCUAUUUGCUAAAAGUUCUUCAAAGGAAGAAUAUUUAGAUAGUAUGAAAGAAAAAGUUACAGCUAUGAGAAAUACUAGAGACACAAGAAAGAAAUCUUUAGCUAGUGCUAAAAAUGUUCAAAAUAAUAAUAAUAAUAAUAAUAAUGGAAAUGAUCAAAUGUCACAACAACAACAAAUGAAUGGUAAUAAUGGAUUUCCAAAUAAUAAUAACAAUAAUAUGAAUUAUAUGCCUAAUACAAUGAAUAUGAAUUCUCAAAUGUUUUUAAAUCAACAAGCUCAAGCAAGACAACAAGCACAACAACAAUUAAAGGACAGGCAACAACAUCAACAAAUGCAGCAGCAGCAGCAGCAACAGCAGCAGCAACAGCAACAUAUGCAACAGCAAGGUCAGCUAGGACAAGGACAACAGAGACAUCAGUUGACUCCACAACAAAGACAAUUGAUUAAUCAAAUGAAAGUGGCUCCAAUACCAAGAGAAUUGUUACAAAAGAUACCAAAUAUUCCUGCAGAUGUUAAUACAUGGCAACAAAUUACAGAAUUAGCUCAACAAAAGAGAUUAACUCCACAUGAUAUGCAAAUUGCUAAAGAAGUUUAUAAGAUUCAUCAACAAUUGUUAUAUAAAUCUAAGAUCCAACAAGUUAAUGCUAAUAAUGUUAUGAAUAUGCAACAGACAAAGCAGCAGCAGCAACAACAACAACAAAUGCAACAACCACAACAGAUUCAACAGAGACAAAAGGAUCACCAACAACAGAUGACAAGUAACAACAAUAAUAAUAAUAAUAAUAAUAACACUAGUGCUAAUGCUAAUGCUAAUAAUACCAACAACAGCAAUAGCAAUAAUGCAAACGUCGUUGCAGGGCAACAACAGCAACAGAUGUUUAGAAACAGAUCAGGUGAAGUCCCUAAUGUUUUAGGUCAAAUUAAUCAAAUAUUCUCUCCAGAUGAACAACGGGCAUUGUUACAGGAAGCUAUGGAAGCAUGUAAGACAUUCCAAAAGACACAGUUUGGUGCAAACAUGACUGAUGCUAACAGACAGAGUUUUAUUAGAAAAUAUAUAAAUCAAAAGGCCUUGAAAAAGAUACAAUCAUCGCGAAUGGCUCAACAAGCUGCCGCUGCCGCUACAAGAUCUGGUCAAAAUAAUGUAAACAUGAAUGGUAAUAAUGAAGCAUCUAACGCUGGUAGUAACAAUAACAACAACAAUAUUAACAAUAAUAAUAUGGUAGUUGGUAACAAUAGUAGCAAUAAUGUUCCAUCACGUGGAAACAUGCAACAGAUGAACAAUUUACAAAAUGUUCCCCAACAAGCUAGAAAUACACCAAUUUCCCAACAACAGAUGCAGGCUCAGCAACAGCAACAACAACAACAACAACAACAACAACAACAAGCACAGCAGGCUCAACAAGCUCAACAGGCUCAGCAAGCGCAGCAGCAGCAGCAGCAAGUACCUCCAUCACAAGGUCACCAGAGGACAAAUUCACAAAGGGCAUCAAUGUUACAAUUAUUACAACCAACACCGCAAGAUAUCGAAACAGUUAGAAAGAUUUCUACAGAUGCGGCUAGAACUCCUUUGAGAUUAAAUGAUUUAACAAAUUCUAUUAGUCCUCAAGAAAGAGAAGAAAUUAAAAGGAAAUUACAAAUGAACCAACAAUUGUUUGCUCAAGUAAGUAAUUACGCACCACAAGUUUACGUAUUUACCAAAAGUGAGGCGUUUUUGAAGGAAGUACUUCAAUUAAGAAUAUUUGUCAAGGAAAUUCUAGACAAAUGUUCAAAGGGUAUAUAUGUUGUGAAGUUGGACACUGUUGACAAAUUGAUUAUGAAAUAUCAAAAAUAUUGGGAAAGUAUGAAGAUCCAGAUUCUAAGAAGACAACAAUUAAUCCAGCAACAACAACAAUUGAUAAGACAGAAGCAACAGCAACAACAGGAUCAACAACCGCAACAACAACAACCUCAAUCUGGUAAUAACAUUCCUAUCAAUAGUAUUCCAACACCUGUUCAAAAUAAUGCCAAUAUUUCUCAAGCUCAGGCUCAAGCUCAAGCUCAAGCUCAACGGAUGAGACCAAAUCAAAGGGCACAACUACAGAACAGACAAUUGCAGCAACAACAGCAAAUGCAAUGGCAACAACAGCAACAACAGAUGAAUGGCAGCAAUGCGAAUACACCACAAAUGAACAAUAAUUUUGUUCAAAUGAAUGGUGCUAUUCCAAAUUCCAACGUAAUGAAUGCUAAGAUCAACGGUAGACAACCUUCUGUACCUAUCCCACCGAAUGCUGGGAUGUCCAGUGAAAAUGAUAGCAUGAUUUCUCAAGCAACAGGGAACCAAUUUACUACUGCGAAUGCAACUCCAGAUGUAAUGAAAAGUAACUCCAGAAAUGCUAGCGUUCCAACCUCUGCUAAGGUCUCUCCAUCCCGUGAAAAGGCUGCUAACUCCAACGGCGCCAAUAACAAAGGUAAUAAUAGUAAGAAACCAUCACCAUCUGCAUCUACUUCAUCUCGUAAUGUGAAAUCUUUAUCUAACGUACCAACACCAAGAUUGUCGAAUGUUAGUGCAAGAGGAACACCUCAAUUAGUUGGUAAUGAAUCGCUAUCAACUAGUAGUGGUGAAAUGAAUCCAGUAUUUAAGAAAGAAGAAGAUGAAUUACAAUCAUUGAACAUUAAAAAGACAGAGAUUGCAUCUAGAUUUAAGCACAGACAAGAAGCAUUCCAAGCUUCUCCAGUGGAUUUAUUUUUGAGUACUCUUUCAGAUACUCUUGGUCUAAAGGACGACGAAUAUGAACCACAAAUUAAAUUUUCACAAGAUUUUAUUGAUUUAACUAAUCGUACAGGUAAGAAAAAGAAAUUAACUAAAGUUGCACAACGUGCCAGAGAACGUGACCCUGUUGAUGUAAGUAUAGUAGAUGGUAAUAAAUUAAUUAUGACAUCCAAAUAUAUGUCUGAACAAAAAGAAGUCAGAAAUUAUGGCAUUAAUUUAGGUAGUAUCGCAUCAAUUUUCAAUGGCUUGGAGAAUAAUAUCUGUGAAAAAUUGAAUGAUUUAGCAUUUAUUGAUACACCAUCCAACAAUGCCGAUUGUAACACUAAGAAGAGGAAACUCGAUGAGAUGAACUUAACUCCGGAUAGUAUAAAAUCCAAUGCAAAUGACUCCCCAUCCAUAAUGAGUGAAUCUAAACGUAUUAAAUUUGAUUCUCCAGAGGAUACAUAUGUCGCAACAGAUGGUAAAAUGAAAAAGAGUGCCGCAGGUAUGAAUUUCACAACAACAGCAUCUGUUCCGACUACAGCAACGAUAACUAAUGAUACAGGUGACGACAAAAAGGAUAUAAAUAUAUGGGAUUGGGAUUAUUGGGCUAAUAAAAUAUAG